AGUUCAAUCAAAUAAGAUAUAGAGAUCAAAGAUUGUGGAUGAAAUGGGAUGUCUAAGAAUUGUGGUGGUUUUGGCCCUCCUGUGGUCAGUGUUGGUAGAAUGCAGAGGCAAUACCCGUCAUUAUAAGUUCAAUGUGGUGAUGAGAAAUAUAACAAGAAUAUGCUCAACUAAGUCUACUGUAACAGUAAAUGGAAAAUUUCCUGGUCCAACUAUUUAUGCUAGGGAAGAUGAUACCCUACUUAUAAAGGUCGUCAACCAAGUUCACUAUAAUCUCACCAUCCACUGGCAUGGUGUGAAACAAAUUCGAACGUGUUGGGCCGAUGGGCCGGCUUAUAUAGCGCAAUGUCCAAUACAGCCAGGAAAAAGCUAUGUAUACAAUUUUACAGUGACAGAGCAGAGAGGAACACUAUUUUGGCAUGCACACAUACUCUGGCUCAGGGCCACUAUCCAUGGUGCUAUCGUUAUCCUCCCUAAGCUUGACUCGCCCUACCCCUUUCCAAAGCCCCAACAAGAAGUUGUCAUCAUUUUAGGUGAAUGGUGGAAAUCAGAUGUUGAAGCCGUAAUUGAUGAAGCAACAAUAUCAGGUUUGUCACCUAAUAUUUCUGAUGCUUACACUAUCAAUGGCCUUCCUGGUCCUGUCUCUACCUGCUUAUCACAAGAAGGAUACAAUUUCCUAGUGGAGCCAGGCAAGAAGUACCUACUGAGAAUCAUCAAUGCUGCACUGAAUGAAGAACUUUUCUUUAAGAUCGCUGGCCACAACCUCACUGUGGUAGAAGUAGAUGCUUCCUAUGUUAAACCCUUUGAAACUGAGACAAUAUUAGCAGCUCCAGGCCAAACUACAAAUGUCAUUUUAUCAGCUAAUCUUGAAAGUGGAAAAUACUUGAUGGUAACAUCACCAUACAUGAAUUCUCCUAUCUUAGUCGAUAACAAGACUGCUACUGCAACUUUACAAUAUGUAGGCACAAACAUUUCUUCCACCACAUUCACUGUGCCACAGCCUAAAAACGCCACAGCUGUCGCGAUAAAAUAUAUGGACUCUCUCAGAAGCUUGAAUUCGAAAAAGUAUCCAGCAAAAGUCCCAAUGAAAAUUGAUCAUUCCCUUUUUUUCACCAUUAGUCUUGGACUCAACCCUUGUGAAUCAUGUUACAGAGGAUUUCGACUCGUGGCAGCUAUAAAUAAUGUCACAUUUGUUAUGCCAAGUGUGUCACUACUUAAUGCACAUUUUUUUAACAAAACUGGAGUGUUUACUGAUGAUUUUCCUAGAAAUCCACCAUAUGCUUUUGACUAUACAGGGAUUCCACCAAAAAAUUUGAGGACAAUGGAAGGGACUAGGCUUUAUAGACUUGAUUAUAAUUCUAAUGUUCAAUUAAUAAUGCAAGAUACAGGAUUGUUGAGUCCUGAAAAUCAUCCUAUGCAUUUACAUGGCUUCAACUUUUUUGUGGUUGGAAGAGGCAGAGGUAAUUUUGAUCCAAAAGAAGACCCUAAAAAGUUCAACCUUGAUGAUCCUGUUGAGAGGAACACCAUAAAUGCCCCUUCUGGUGGUUGGGUUGCUAUAAGGUUCAAAGCAAAUAAUCCUGGGGUUUGGUUUUUACAUUGCCAUUUGGAGGUGCACACAACGUGGGGACUUAAGAUGGCUUUUGUGGUAGAUAAUGGAAAUGAUCCUAAUGAAUCUCUUUUACCUCCUCCCAAAGAUCUACCAAAAUGUUAAAGAGUUCCUAUUACUUAUUUGUGUAUAUUUUUCAGAGUAAAUCUACUGGUAUGAGUUGUCUGAGCAAGCCAAAAGAGCUGCUAUGAGUAAAUAGUUUGCUUCUUUAAAAAGAAAUGUUUGUAAUAUUACUAGGGGACAAGUUUGUUAUUAUAUGAAUUUAUU